CAUUCAUUUCAGUCGACUGAUGCGCGCUUAUGUUUAUACUUCCGUAUUCAAAUGUGCCGUGUUUGAUUUCGAUGCAUUUUCUUUUAUUCGCCACUUUUUGCACUGCAGUUAUGUUUUACGCUUCAUCGGGUUCAUUUCAUUAGAUAAAAACUAGCAUAAAGUGCUAUUUUUGGCCUACAAUCAUUGUAACCUCUUUUUUCGCGUGCAGCGGAUGAGAGCAGACGAUUUGAUGGGCAGAAGUGAGUUUGUUGACAUUCCAUCUCAUUACGCUUUGGAUUGCAUCCAUAGCAAAGAAUCAGUUUUCUCUGUGUAAAUAAGUGUGUUAGCCAAGAUCAUCUACACGAUAAUAAGUACUGGUUGUAAAUAUUCCGACUGCAGCAGCAGGAUCCGCUGUUUGAGAUCGAAUUUAGCACCAUCAAAAUAUAGCGCAACAUGUAUUCUUCGUAAAUGUUAACAUAACAAUGACUCAGUGAUUCGAGCGACUUUCGUACAAUUUUGAGCUAUGAUUUGUUUAGUAAUUGAUUUGUGCUAAUUGCAGUGAAACUGAACGCUCGCAAAAACAGCUGUUCCUGCAACCAGUCCUCCUCCAUCAAACUUGCAGGUGCUGCUGCUCAUUGAAUUGAACUGUAUGAUUCGUUUUUAAAGCACAAAUCUCGUUCGAGUAUCGUUUACGCUGAAGUUGUGCAGAUAUUUCGUUUUCGAAAACAGUGAACAGAAUGAUCGCACAAAACAAUGCACGAAGCACCAACAACGAUCCCGUAGAAUCGUCUGAAUCGUACCCAAUUACGGGAGGAUCCAAUGGUGCUGGAACGUCUCGAUUGUUUAGACAGUUCGGGAGCUUGUUUUCUUCACCCGCGGCUACGACUGAUCCGGCCGGAUACGUGGAGUUCGGUAGCAUUUCCGACCCAGCGGCCAGUUCGGGUCGCACGUUGGGAACAUUUGCUGGCGUAUUUUGUCCUGUAGCUUUGUCCAUGUUUAGUGCGCUAGUAUUUAUUCGAGUUGGUUUCAUCGUAGGCAAUGCUGGUCUCUACGUUACAUUGCUACAGUUUAUCAUCGCUUACGUCAUUUUGCUUUUCACCGUUUCUUCCGUAUGUGCAAUUUCGACAAACGGCGCCGUUGAGGGUGGUGGCGUAUAUUUUAUGAUAAGUCGCACACUUGGACCGGAAUUUGGCGGUUCUAUCGGAACGCUGUUUUUUCUGGCGAAUGUAGUAGGCUGUGGAUUGGCGAUAUCUGGAUGUGCGGAAGGCAUUAUACAAAACUUUGGCCCUUCGGAUGGUGUCGGCAGUGGCACAAUUCCUGACGGUCGCUGGUGGCGUUUUCUGUACUGCAGCUCGCUUAAUACACUGAUGCUGAUUGUCGUGCUAAUUGGUGCGGAAAUGUUUGCCAAAACGUCCAUGAUGAUUCUGGGUGUUGUGGUCAUUUGUUUACUGUCGACAUACAUCAGCUUCCUUACCCAGGGCCCGAUGGAUGUAAGCAUACCGCACGAGAAUAAUUUGGUGAACUUCACUACAGCCCGCUACACUGGCCUGCAGGCGGACACACUCUGGUCCAAUCUGCACGCAAAUUAUACGAAAGAUUACACCUCGAACGGAAAUCAGGUGAAUUUUGCCGUAGUAUUCGGAGUGCUGUUUUCGGGUGUUACUGGCAUAAUGGCCGGAGCAAACAUGUCGGGAGAGUUAAAAAAUCCCUCGAAAAGCAUUCCCGCGGGCACGCUGUCGGCCGUGCUCUUUACUUUCCUGUGCUACAUGGCAUUGUCCAUACUGAUAGCGGCCACCACUACGAGUACAUUGUUGCAAAAUAAUUUUCUAUUUCUUGGCCCAAUCAAUCUUUGGCCAACAUUUGUAACGAUCGGAAUUUUGACGGCAACUUUUUCUACUGGCCUCAGCAAUUUGAUUGGUGCUAGCCGCGUCAUGGAAGCGCUCGCAAAGGAUCGCGUUUUUGGGCCACUGAUGAGCUUCGUCAUUAAGGGCACAUACAAGAAUAAUCCCAUUGCCGCCGUAAUCGCGAGCUGGGUUCUGGUGGAAACAAUCCUGCUGAUCGGUUCGCUUAACACGAUUGCACAAAUCAAUUCGGUGUUGUUUAUGCUUUCCUAUCUGGCGACCAACUUGGCGUGCUUAGGCAUCGAGAUUACGGGAGCACCCAAUUUCCGUCCGACGUACAAGUAUUUUUCGUGGCAUACCGCAUUUAUUGGUCUGCUCGGGACCGCAAUUAUGAUGUUUGUGAUAAACUCCAUCUAUGCGUUGUCUAGUAUUAUAUUAUGCCUUUUGCUCGUGAUUGCGUUGCACCUGUUUUCUCCGGCAUGUCAAGGCGCACAGUGGGGCUCCAUUUCGCAGGCGCUGAUGUUCCACCAGGUUCGCAAAUAUUUGCUGAUGUUAGAUUCCAGAAAGGAUCAUGUGAAGUUUUGGCGCCCUCAAAUGUUGCUUCUGGUGUCUAGUCCACGAUCCUGUUGUCCACUGAUACAUUUCGUAAACGAUAUGAAAAAGGGUGGUUCGUAUGUGAUCGGUCACGUGAAGGUAGGCGAAUUUACGGAUAAUGAUUCGUCGAAUGAUCCCACGAUAGAGGAAUAUACACAAUGGCUUUCGUUAGUGGACCACAUGAAGGUGAAGGCAUUUGUUGAGCUAACGCUAUCGAAAAGUGUGCGAGAAGGUAUACAGCAUUUAAUACGAAUCUCCGGCAUGGGAGCAAUGAAACCGAAUACCACCAUUCUCGGUUUCUACGAUGAAGAACAAUCGAGAGAUUUCUUUGAGUAUGAGGAUUCACCGUACAAAACGAACGAGUUUGACGGCAAUGGCAUAAAGCUGUUCCCGUACCGCAAGAGCGGUGAAUCAAAAUCGCUCGGAGUUGUCGAAUACGUGCGCAUUAUCGACGAUGUGCUAAGGAUGAGAAAGAAUUUGUGCCUGUGUCGUCACUUUCAUCGAUUGGACAAGCAAAUGAUUGCGCGCAAUAAUCACAUCCGCUACAUUGAUGUGUGGCCGGUGAACAUUUUCGAACCGAAGAACGAAGACCCGUUCGAUGUAGUGUCACAAUUUAUGAUGCAGUUGGCGUGCAUCAUCAAAAUGUUACCCAUCUGGAAGAAGCUCGAGUUGCGUGUGUUCCUUUGCGAGUCUGAAACCGUGUCGGAGAAUAGUGCUGCUUUCGAACGUCCUGCAGAACAUAGACUUGAUCAGCGAUUGAAGUUGUUGAGAAUUUCAGCAUCAAUCCAUAAGAUUCCCGAAUGGAACAAAGACAUUGAUUUUGCGAAACAUCGGAAUAUUCUCAAGCAGUUUACGGGUAACAGUGAUAGUAACCAGAUGAUGGCAGAAGAAAACAUCAAUCGGUCGAAAUUGUACAUGCAAAGAAUUAAUCAAAUUAUUCGAGAUCGAUCCAACGCAACGGCUGUGACUUUCAUGUAUCUUCCAACGCCCCCAGCUACAUCAUCCGUUGACUACAAGGAAAAGUGUCACCAUUAUCUCGAUCUAUUGACAGAGCUUACUUUCGAUCUUCCACCCACUAUACUGGUGCAUGGCAUUGAUGCUGUGACUUCAACCACUCUGUAGGCAUAAGGGUAAGAGAUCGUAAAACAAUGAUCGUGUCCAUCUCCUCUCAUAUAGAGAUUGAUCUGUUAUACUACAUGUUUUGUUUUCUAUAAAUGUCGCUAAGAGUGGUCAUUUCAAGAAUGAUACGAUACACAAUUAUUAAAUAUAAAAAGAGAAAACAUGUAUGUGAGGAAAGCAAUUUUUAGGUGUAAUUAGAAACUGAUCUAUGCAUACAUUCAGCAAACAGAUAUAUGAUACGCAUUGUGGUAUACAAGAAUAUGCAGAGCAAUUCCAUUUUUUUUCUUGUAAUUGAGUUAAAUUAUUUUAAAAUAAUUAUUUCUAUAGCAUAAGCAUAGAGCAUAUAUUGUACAUGAACAUGCAAUAAAGCUGUCCACUGAUAGUAA